GUGUGGGAGCGCCGUGAGCGUCCUGCUGUCGCCCCUCUGCCUGCUCUGGAGUCCACUGAUAAUGAGAUGGAUGUCAGCAGCUGCCUGCAAGAACAUGACUAUUGCGUGGCUCCUAAUCCUGCCGCUUUGGAUGAUGCCCAGGCCCAAAUUGAGUCAAUGAUGAAACGCAUAGAAUUUCUCCAGAAACAACUAGAGACCGUCCAGCUACAAUCCAAAUUCAGGCGAUUUGCAGGUUCUGAUGAGGACAUUCGGUUUUACACCAGGCAUGUCUGAUUUAAUGAUUAAUUAUUUAAUAAUUUAAUUGAAUCGCCCCUGCCAAAUUAACUCACCUGUUCAGUCUCUCCACCCCCACCAUGCCUCUCUCUCUCACACACGCAGUAGAUUGCAAUAAGUACUGGACUAUAUUUUAACAAAUGUAUGCUUGUAGUAUAAGAACUGUACAGAUACAAAUCUGAAACUAACACGGCAUGUAUUAUGGCCUGUGUCCUAAGGUUUGUUACCUAUGAGCAUUUCAUGUGCUUCUGGCACUUGAUCGAGCCAUCUACCUCCAAAAUUGUGAGCGUCUCCCGGGCUAAGGGAGCCUCUACUGACCUUGAAGAGAAAAUUACCUUAAGGGCAAAGAAACUGGCACCUGUUGAUGAGCUGUUUUUGUUUCUGAUGCACCUUUCAGUGGGCAUGACGCUGAGGGAUCUAGGCCAUCGCUUUGACAUUCACCGCACCACAGCCAGUAGGAUUGUCAUCACAUGGGCCAACUUCCUGUACAACCUGCUGGGGUCAGUGUGUCUAUGGAUGUCACCAGAAGCUGUCAAAGCUCAUCUGCCGUGCGAAUUUGAGAAGUACCCAGACACCCAGGUCGUGAUUGACUGUACUGAAAUUCGCUGUGCCAAACACCGUCCUCCCUGCUUUUACAGAGCGAAGUGUUUUCAACCUACAAGUCACACUGCACCUUCAAGAGCAUGCUGGGAAUGGCACCACAUGGAGCCAUUACCUUUGUUUCAGCCCUCUAUGCAGGCUCAGGUGUACCGGCCGGCCUUCCUGUCUAAGAGGACCCAGAUGCUGGAGGAAGACGUUCGAGAGACGCAGUCAAUCGCACGGUUGAGGGUCCAUGUGGAGAGGUGCAUCAGGAGGGUGAAGGAGAACAAGCUUUUUGAUACCGUCAUUCCCCUCUCCAUCACUGGGAGCAUCAAUCAGCUGUUUAGCGUGGCCUGCUUCCUGGUUAAUUACCAGAACGGAUCUCUGGUGAAAGCAUGGGCCAUACAGUAAUGGAGAAAUGUCCCAUUACUUUGCACUCAUAUUCAUGGUAGAUAGCUAGUUGGUUUGAGUUAUGCCUUGAAGAUGGUUUUAAGUAAUUCCCUCAGUCAAUUUAUUGGCCACAAAAUGUAAUGACCUGAGGUACUAUUGUGUGAUAUUGUUAGUUUUUGUGUUUUAUGUGAUUGAAAUUCAUGAUCACAUCGUGUGGUCAUUACCAAUGUUUUUCACCUAUGUUAUUUAAAUCAUCCCUCCUGGUGGUUUAUACCACUGUUACGUCCCAGUGUUUUGGGAUGUAUAAUGCUGUUGCUUUUUGGCUGUUUUGGGCUGGGUACUGCUGUGUUUUUGUGUUUCCCUACAGGUGGAGGGGAGUAUGCAUUCCGUUGCUGAGAGACACACUUGGACGAAGAGGAUGCAGCAUCUCGUCACGUUGGAGACCGGACCAGAUGCAGCCGUUGCUAAGAAUGCCGGUGGUCGUCGCGGAGCAACACAUGCCAAGAAGAAUGCAACUAU